AUGGCCUACCUUGCACCCAUCCACCGUCCCAGUAGCAUCCGCCAUGCCUUGAAGCUCAACUUUCUAGUUGCAGAUGAGGACACACUCGUCGUCGCGAAAGCAAAUCGCCUCGAGUUCUACACACAGAAUGCCGAAGGACUAUCCCUUCAGCUUUCGAAAGCCAUCUAUGGCAAGGUCACCAUGCUCCAAAAGCUCCGGCCCGCCCUAUCGCCGACAGAUCACCUCUUCGUAGGAACAGAUCGGUUCAUGUACUUCACGUUAUCCUGGAAUGCGGAAAAAAAGCAGGUCCAGACCGAAAAGACGUUCGAAAGCGUGGCAGAUAACGCAGCUAGAGAAUCGCAGACUGGGGAGCGGUGCCAUGUCGACCCCACCGGCCGAUUCAUGACGGUCGAGGUGUACGAGGGUAUAAUCACAGUCAUACCGCUAGUGCAAAGAGGGAAAAAGAGGAAGCAAGAGUCGGAUAUAGCGCAUCUGGGCGAGCCCCAGGCAUGCAGGUUGCCAGAGAUGUUUGUCCGCUCAUCCGCAUUCCUGCGACCGCGGAAUUUAGACGAAAAGGCAAAGCUGGCUUUGCUGUACGAAGACACACAUUCGACUGUCAAGCUCAGGAUCCGUGCACUUCGGUUCGAAGGAGGAGAUUCUGUGGAGCUUGAGGACGGAGAGACCUACUCCGGGGAUCUCGAGCUCGGCGCUAGCCAUCUUAUCCCAAUCGAAGCUCCUACCCACGGCCUCAUAAUUAUCGGCGAGACUUCGAUUGGAUACUACGAUGACGAGACUGGAGAGAUAGAUAGACAACCGCUGGAAGAGGCAACAGUCUUUGUGGCAUGGGCGCAGAUCGAUGCACAACGGUUCCUCUUCGCCGACGACUAUGGCCGCCUAUAUCUAUUCAUGCUCGAGCUGGACGAGAACAACAAGGUACAAUCCUGGAAGCUAGACAUAAUUGGCCAGACAUCACGAGCCUCAACACUUGUAUAUCUGGACGCAGGACACGUCUUCGUUGGCUCACAUCAGGGAGACUCGCAAGUCAUACGUAUCGCUGAAAAGUCUAUGGAGGUUUUACAGAGCUUCUCUAACAUUGCCCCCAUCUUGGACUUUACUAUAAUGGAUAUGGGAAAUCGAUCAGGCGAAGGCCAAACGAACGAAUACUCUUCGGGACAAGCUAGGAUCGUGACCGGAAGCGGCGCCUAUCAGGAUGGUAGUUUGCGAAGCGUCCGAAGUGGUGUCGGCCUUGAAGACCUCGGUGUAUUGGGCGAGAUGGAACACAUCUCCAACCUCUUCAGCUUGAAAUCGAACGGCGCUGCUGAGUAUGUCGAUACCUUGCUUGCGACAUUUGUCAGCGAGUCGCGAGUGUUCAAGUUCGAUGCUCAGGGUGAAGUGGAAGAAGUGGACCAUUUCGCCGGUCUGUCACUAGACGAAUCAACAUUGGUUGCAGUAAAUGUAUCACAGGGCCGCGUAGUGCAAGUCACGAGUGGGCGCGUCCGAAUUACCGACCUUGAUGGUGGCAUCAUCGUCUCUGAAUGGUUGCCUCCGAAUGGGCAAGUUAUCACGGCUGCUUCGGCAAAUGAUAGUCAUGUCCUAGUGUCUUUAGGAGGCGUCUCCGUAGCUGUGUUGGACGCUAACAAUGGUUUGAGUGUGAUCAAGGAGAAAACCUUUGAUAUCGAGAGCCAAGUGGCUUGCGUUGCUCUGACACCCGAUUCAGGGUCAGUAUGCUUUCUGGGCUUCUGGAAGAACUCGCAGCUUUCAGUAUGCUCUCUCUCAUCGUUGGAGCCCGACGUCGCAGUCCAAGUUUCGGAAGACUCGGUACCGCGUUCAUUACUGCUCACUCAGAUCUUUCCCGAGCAGCCUCCAACACUUUUUGCAGCUAUGGCAGAUGGCACGGUCGUCACAUACUCAUUUGACACCUCAACGAAGCAAUUGUCGGGACGGAAUAGCAUCAUACUUGGGACAAGAGAAGCGACGUUUAGGGCUUUGCCGCGAGGCAAUGGGCUGUACAACGUCUUCGCUACCUGCGAACAUCCAUCUUUGAUCUACAGUUCAGAAGGGCGGUUAGUCUACUCCGCUGUCACGGCAGAAAAUGCAACCACAGUCUGCCCGUUCGACUCGGAAGCAUACCCCAACUCCGUCGCCAUAGCCACCUUGGACGACCUGCGCAUUGCACUCGUUGACACAGAACGAACAACACACGUCCAAACAUUAAAGCUUACUCCCCCCAGUCUGAAGGCAUUCGGUCUCGGCACCAUAAAGCGAAUACUAAAAGGCGGAGAAGAGAUCCUCCUCAGUCAUUUCAAGCUUGUCGAUGAAAUACAAUUUAAAGAGCUAGACACAUGGCCCCUAAAGGAAGAAGAGCUAGUCGAGUCAGUCAUCCGCUGCGCUGUUGCAGAACGAGGACGCAUUCUCAUUCUUGAAGUUACGCCCGAUCGACAACUCAAACUCAUAACUGAGCUGGCGGUCAAGGGUGGAUGCAGAUGUCUUGCUAUCUGCCACGGCAAGCUCGUAGCCGCCUUGAUAAAGACAAUAGUCGUCUACGACGUAGAAUAUCGCACAGAAAGCAGUCCUGAUCUCGUCAAGUUGGCUUCAUUCCGAUGUGCGACCGCACCCAUCGAUGUAACAGUCAACGGGUCGCUGAUUGCGAUCGCGGAUCUUAUGAAGUCACUCGUGGUGGUACAAUACGAACGCGGCGAGGCCGGGCUUCCAGACACGCUGACCGAAAUCGCACGGCACUUCCAGACUACUUGGGCAACCGCAGUGGCCGAAGUCGAUGAAAACACCUACGUCGAGAGCGAUGCAGAAGGCAAUCUCGCGAUACUGUACCGCGACCCGAACGGUGUGACCGACGAUGACAAGAGAAGGUUGAAUGUCUCAUCUGAGAUGCAGCUUGGCGAAAUGGUCAAUAGAAUACGGCCUAUAGACGUAGUUACCGCACCCGACGCAGUCGUUGUGCCGAAAGCCUUCAUGGGAACUGUCGAAGGCUCGAUAUACCUGCUUGGCCUCAUCGCGCCAACGCACCACAAUCUUCUCAUGACGCUGCAGUCCAACCUGGCGGAGCUCGUAAACGCUCUCGGCGACGUCCCCUUCGCCAAGUACCGCGCGUUCAAGAAUCAGGUUAGGGAAAGCGAGGAACCGUUCCGCUUCGUGGAUGGCGAAUUCAUAGAGCGAUUUCUGGAUGCAGAUGAUGCGGUGCAGAAGAAGGCUGUAGAAGGGUUGGGUGUGGACGUUGAGGAGGUUAAGGGGCUUGUGGAAGGGCUGAGGAGACUACAUUAG